AUGCGCGACGAGUGCUGUAAGAUCGUCUUUCCCAAAGCGAAACCUCUCCUUCCAGGUGGAUCACUCCUGGGUAGAGCAAAAUCAAAGCGGCUUGAGCGCGACUCGCCCGUCGCCCGAGCAAGGACGGCCAUGGCCGCCAAAUCGUCUUCGCUACUGGAGCUGUCGCUGUCCAUCAAAGCCAAAAAUGACAACUGCACAAUACUAUAG